GCAAUUGCAUCUUUGCCCCUCGCGCGUAUUUAACAGCCUGCGGUGAGCCGCGCGCGCAAAAUCUCUUCAUUGACCGUUUAAGCUCCUCGCGCCUCGGGCAGGCCGAGCAGGAGCUCCUGCUUUACGGCCGAAAAACAACAACAACAACAACAACAGCAGCAGCAACGCGCCGCCCAGGCACCGAGCAGAGCCGGUGGUGUUAGUGCAUGAGAGGACUGAGCAGAGGUGGCGCACCUACGCACGAGAUGAAGAUGGAUGUGCAGCAGCGGCUCUCUCAGCACGCGGACAGCUCCGGCGGGGCGUGAUGCGGGAUGUGAGAUGCGGGAUGUGUGAUGAUGCGGGAUUUCAGGAAACUCAGUGGAGCAGCGCGCAGAGAGAGGCGAUGAGCAGGCAGGAGAGUUCACUCUGCACUCUUUUCAGGGGCUUUUUUUUUUUUUUUUUUUUAAAUUAAAUCCUGCAAACGCAACACCCCCCAACACCACCACCACCUCCACCCCACCCUCACGGGAAACCAUCACAAGACCACUUGAACACCCCUCCUCCUCUUUCUCCUCCUCCUCUUCCUCCUCCUCCCUCCCUCCCUCCCUCCAUCCUCCAAAAUACCAGCAUCACUGAGGGGGAGAGUUGCCACUUCCUCACCCAGACGUGCAGGAGAAGUGUCAGGGCGGUAAAAUGUGAGCACGCCUCGGCUCUCCUUCGUGUCCGAAACUCUCUCCUCCCUCUUCUUCCCGGGGCUGAUGUGAGACGCACCGGCUGCGUUGGCUCCUCGUCAGACGCUCGUCCGAGAAGAAACCUCGCAGAUAUAUUUUACCGUUCGUGACGGAUCCGUCCCCCCCCCACCACCACCACCACCUCUUCCUCCGGCUCCCAUCCGCUCUUUAAGAUUCCGCAGUUGACAAGACGGAGGGUGCAUCCUUCAGCUCCACCUCUUCUCACUUUUCUUUUUCGUGUCCGCGGAGGAUUUUCUUGUCGGAUUCAUCCAAGUUGAACCAGACGAGGAGUUUACAAUGACAGCCACCAAGGAGCAGCCGAACCAGAGAGCGAAUCAGCCGCAGCCGGAUGAGGACCUGGGCGGGGUGAGUCCUCCUCAGAGGAACUGGAAGGGGAUUGCCAUCGCUCUGCUGGUCAUCCUGGUGGUCUGCUCCCUCAUCACCAUGUCCGUCAUCCUCCUCACGCCAGUUGACAACCAAGCUGGGAGCGACACCAAGCUGACUGUAGAGGAUCUGUUCAAGGCAGAGUUCAAGGCUCACGACCCGGAGGCCAAAUGGAUCAAUGACUCUGAAGUCAUCUACAGAAACAGCGACGGCCACGUCAUCAAGUUCAACAUCGUCACGAACGAGACGGAGAUCGUCCUGAUGAACACGACAUUUGUAAACUUCAACGUGGCCAAGUACGCCGUCUCCCCUGAUCUGAAAUACGUGCUCUUCGCUUACGAUGUGAAGCAGGUUUACCGCCACUCCUACAUGGCCUCCUACAGUAUCUACAACGUUCACACACGGGAGCUUUGGGAGCUGGACCCUCCAGAGGUGGUGAACUCUGUCCUGCAGUACGCAGCCUGGGGAGUCCAAGGACAGCAGCUGAUCUACAUAUUUGAGAAUAACAUCUACUACCAGUCAGACGUCAAGAGUAACUCCCUGAGGCUGACGUCGUCGGGGAAGGAAGGGGUCAUCUUCAACGGGAUCGCCGACUGGCUCUACGAAGAGGAGAUCCUCGGGACCCACGUGGCUCACUGGUGGUCACCUGACGGAGAGAGGUUGGCCUUCCUGGUCCUCAAUGACAGCCUGGUGCCCAACAUGGCUUUACCUCGGUUCACCGGCAUGACGUACCCCAAAGGAAAGCAGUACCCGUACCCCAAGGCGGGCCAACCCAACCCGGCGGUGAAGCUCUAUGUAGUGAAUCUGUACGGGCCGACGCACACGCUGGAGCUCAUGCCUCCAGAGACGCUCAAGCUGCGGGAGCAUUAUGUGACCAUGGUGAAGUGGAUCAGCAAGACCAGGACAUCUGUCAGGUGGCUGAAUCGGGCCCAGAACAUCUCCAUCCUGACUGUGUGUGACACCACCACGGGAGCCUGCGUCACGAGACAUGAAGAAAGCUCUGAGCUCUGGCUCUCCAAGCAGACUCAAGAACCGGUGUUCUCCAAAGACGGCAGCAGAUUCUUCCUGACUGUCCCGGUCAAACAAGGAGGGCGCGGAGAGUUUCAUCACAUCGCCAUGUUCACCACACAGUUCAGAGCAGAUCAAAACGAAGUCCGACAUCUGACAUCAGGGAACUGGGAGGUGACCAGGAUCAUCGCCUACGACGAGAACACUGACAACCUUUAUUUCCUCAGCACAGAGGGGUCGACGCGCAGACGCCAACUUUUCAGCGUUAAAACUGUGGGUCUGUUCCCACGACGGUGUUUGACAUGCGAGCUAAAUAAAGCUCACUGUCUGUUCCUCGACGCUGACAUCAGCCCCACAAACCAGCACAUCAUCAUCCACUGUAAAGGUCCUGGAGCGCCCACAGUCAUCCUGCACAGCCUCAACAAUUCAAAUUACUACAUCCUUGAGAGCAACUCUUUGCUGAACGCGGCCUUGAAGUACAAAAGGAUCCAACUGACUGACUUCAGAACUGUUUCGAUGGAGCAUUUUGAUUUACCUCUGAAGAUCACCUACCCACCAGACUUCUCUGACUCCCGUCACUAUGGACUCUUGUUGGUGAUUGACAGCGCCCCUGGUGGUCAGGCCGUGAGUGACCGGUUCUCCCUCGGCUGGGACUCGGUGCUGGUCAGCUCGGACGGCGUCAUCGUGGCUCGUCUGGACGGCCGGGGCAGCGGCUUCCAGGGUCAGAGGAUCCUGCACGAGGUUCACCAGAGGCUGGGAACUGUCGAUGUCCAGGACCAGAUCGCAGCAGUGGAAUACAUGAUGAAACUUCCAUAUAUCGAUCGGACGCGGAUAGCAGUGUUUGGAAAGGGUUAUGGAGCGUAUCUAACAUUAAUGAUGCUGAAGUCCACUGACAGCCUCUUCAAAUGUGCGUGUGCGAUGUCCCCAGUGACAGACUGGAAACUUUAUGCAUCAGCGUUCUCUGAGAGAUACCUUGGCAUGCCAUUACGGGAUGACAGCAGAUAUCAGUUUUCCAGCGUGCUGCAGAACGUUCAGGCUCUGAGGGAGCAGACGCUGAUGCUGGUGCACGGCACGGCAGAUGCCAACAUCCACUUUCAGCAUACUGCUGAGCUCGUCAAGAACCUGGUGAAAGUGGGAGCAAACUACUCGAUGCAGAUCUACCCAGACGAGGGCCACUUCCUGUCUCAGCAGAGUCGCCAGCACCUCUACGCCACGCUGACCAGCUUCUACAGGGAGUGCCUGAAGGAGGAGCUGCUACCGCUGCCCGAUGACGAAGAGGAGGAGGAGGAGUAGGCGGGAGGAGCGGCUUCGAGGGUCAGACCUUUUGGCAGCAGAGCUUGAAGAAUUUAGCUGAAAAUCCGUCAAGGCCUUUCACGUUUUGGACCAAGUGUUUAGCCGGACAUGGAGACUGGGUCGGAGCUGCUAAUGCUCUUAAAGUGUGUGUGUGUGUGUGUGUGUGUGUGUGUGUGUGUGUGUGUGUGAGCGCUCCAGUGUGUGUAAAUGUGUUGAAAAGAUAACUGAAGGACACGACAAAGACACUCGCCGGGACUUGAGACGGGGGAACCGCCCUUUAGCAUAAAGUCAUUUCGGUCACGGGACGCUCUGUUUUCUCAUCAAAGCGCACAGACGACCGCCUCCAUCUCCCGCCGGCUCCCCGGGGCCCCGCGGCCACAUCCACACGUACCAAGUGCAUGGUUCUUUUUUAACCCUCUCGGCUUCACUCAUUAUGCCAUGUUAGUCUCCUUCAGGGUAGCACUCGGGGAGAAAAAGAACACAGAUGUACACUUUUCAUCUCACCUCUCCUUUGGUUGUUGUAUCGUUGCACAAGGAAAAUGCUCCGGCCAUCCGCGCAAGAAAUGUUUAGUCACCGCGACCGAGUCGACCCUGGAUAAGUGCUAUUUCCGCCAUCGCCCCACCCUAAAUGAAAAACAGUCUUUAUAGGUCACACUUUACUGUACAGGGGUCUUGUGUAGACAUGUACAAUGCCUUAUGAGGUUCAACAUACUGUAAUAUUACUUGCUGGCAGUGGUAGUCAUCCGUUAGCAGUGUCAUGUUAACCUAUGUCAACUCAGGUCCUCGAGACACAGCAUUGCAGUCAGUUUAGUACACCGUGUCAGCUGUAUGGUCACGAAUAACUUAUGAAUUAUAUGUGCAGAUAUCGGCCAUACAGUAAUUCCAGUUUCAGGCCACGCUGCAAAAGUUCUCCAUCUUAAUACGUCAUUUAAUCUCAUUUUUCUUAAAAAAAUAAAUAAAUAAAUCUCAGCUUUUCUUAAAAUCUCCACCAAAGGUGCGAGAUGAUUUUGCAGAACGUCUCCGCCGGAUACAAGAGACAUUUUCUCUACUUCUGGGUUUUUCUUUUACUUCAACAGAGAAAUAAUGUUAACACCUAGUUGUUUUUUUUUGUUUUUUUACAGAUCUGCAACAUUCCUCAUAAGUAGGUGGUGAUUACCAAGAAAGAUGCUUUGAAUUUACCCCAAAUUUCAAUGAACACGUUAUAACUAGCUGGUCCUUUCUGGCAAUGUUCUGCUUAACUUCUGCUCAUCAUGACGUUUUAAUUUCCAACUGGUUUCUGUCGAACCUGCUGAAACUCGCUUAAACAUUUUUCCUCCGUUUUCUCCGUGACAGCAAGUUAAAUUUGUUUUCUUGAGAUCACAACUUAUUUAUUUAAUUAUCACAGAAUAACAACUGUUGUUUUUCCCAAGAUAACAACAUAAUUAUUCAGGACAAAAUGACUUAAUAAGAUUCAGAAGAGUGGAUCGUUUCAUACACACUCGUCUGUGAGGUGAGUUUGAGAGUUUUAAAGCAAAACUUUUUAUGAAUUGUUGCCUUUGAUUAAGGGUAUUUCUUUAAUCUGACGUUUUCAGCUUCAGUCAGUCGCUUCACCUGUUAAGAUGCUUUGUAUGCAUGCGGAUCUAAUAGACAUUUAAGCUAUAAGGAAUAAAAGAGAACAAUCUUUUGUUUCGCUCUUUUUCUUCAGAUCUGGUGAAAAAGAUCUCGUUAUCUCAGGAGAACAACACUUGUCAUUCCAUAAUAGUGACGUAAAUCUCGCAAAUCGUGAGAAAACUAAUCAAAUUCAACUUCUUAUCACGGAAACACUGAGGAAAUAAUGUGUUUGAGUUGUUGCAGCUUAAUUUCAAACUAGCUUCUGUCCAGCUUCUGCAGGAAAUAACAUAACCUUGAGGUAAAUUUCAAUACAUUCUGGGGUAGUUAUUGUUGUAAUUUGAGGAUAAUUUCAAAGGAAUCUCAAAUCCGUUCCUUGGUCAUUUUCCACCUUACUUACUCUAAAGUGUGCAGACCUGUGAAAUGAUCAUGUUACCAAAAUAACUAAUGGACGUAGGUGUACUACUAAGAUGGACAAUUUUCCAGUGUCAGUAAGGUGUUUGCAUGUCUACAGGGAAUGUGUCAAGUGUUGCCACAUUUUGUACAGUACAAUACAGCAGAGUGUGUAUAUAAAUAUAUUUUUGAGACGUCAGAUCUCAUAGAUAGUUUAGUCUAUGGGGAUGGAUUGAUUUGACCUGGAUGUCUUGUACUUCUUUUUAUUUGUUUGUUUCUUUUCAGUUUUGUUUUGUUUUGUUUUUUCCUUCCAGCUGUUGAUUUUCUUCUUAGGAUGGAUUUUGUAAUGCUUGUUCUUGUUCUUUUUGCUGUUUAAGAAAAAAAACAAAAAAAAACAAAAGGGAAAGGGCAGGGUUGAGGUUUUGGGGUUAUUGUGAUUGUCCUCUAGUGAUGAUUAUAAAUAAAUAAAAAAAAUAUG